AUGGGACAGGAGCGGAGAAGCGCCAGUUACCAUGUGGACAGAGACAUACUGGACGAGCAAAGCCUGGAGGAUCUGGCUCAAAGGCUGGAUUCAGGCAGGAAGCCUCAUCUAACCGAGCGCCUGAAACACUCGCUCAGGUGCUCCGUACCCUGGCUAAAACGCAGCUUGGUGAGGUGUUUGCCUGUGCUCUACUGGAUGCCACGUUACUCCAUUUGGGACUAUGGCAUGGGCGACCUCAUUGCGGGUAUCACCAUGGGCAUUGUGCAAAUGCCACAAAGUAUGGCUUAUGCGCUUCUGGCCUCCUUGCCUCCAGUGUUUGGUCUCUAUACCUCCCUGUAUCCUGUGUUGGUCUACUUCUUCUUCGGGACGUCUCGGCACAUUUCCGUUGGAACGUCUGCAGUCCUCAGCAUCAUGGUGGGAAGCGUCACUGAACGACUUGCCCCAGACCAUCACUUUCUCAUGAGGAACGGCACCAACGUGACCCUAGUGGUGGACGAAGCCGCCCGGGACAGCUAUAGAGUGACAGUUGCUGUAGCCACUACUGUCUUGGGAGGGAUCAUCCAGGUUGUUCUUGGUCUUGUCCGCUUCGGUUUUGUGGCCACGUACCUGUCGGAGCCGCUCGUGCGCGGUUACACCUCGGCAGCCGCCUGCCAUGCUGCGGUGGCACAGCUCAGAUACCUUGUUGGUUUGUCGUCCACGCGCUUCGUUGGACCCCUGUCGCUGGUGUAUACCCUGGGGGACGUGUGCUCUCGGCUGCACCAGGCUCACGUGCCCACUCUGGUGGUCGGUUUGCUGUCUUUCCUGGUUAUCUUCUCUGCCAAAGAGCUGAAUGCCUCCCUCAGCAAGAAGCUCCCGGUUCCCAUUCCCGUGGAGCUACUUUCAAUUGUGGUCGCAACCCUGCUGUCCCACUACAUCCACCUGGGUAGCAGCUAUGCCGUCGGAGUGGUGGGGGAGAUCCCCAGCGGGCUGUUGCCCCCCAGAGUGCCACAGACAAGCCUUUUCCGUGAGGUUAUCGGCGAUGCCUUCGCCAUGGCCGUUGUUGGCUAUGCUCUUGCCAUUUCCCUGGGCAAGACUUUCGCUCUGAAGCAUGGGUACAAGGUGGACAGCAAUCAGGAACUGGUAGCUCUGGGCAUCAGCAACACAGUUGGUGGCUUCUUCCACUGCUACUCCAUCAGUUCCUCUAUGUCCCGCAGCUUGGUCCAAGUGACUGCGGGCGGAAAGACACAGAUUGCUGGAGUGAUCUCUGCAUUUAUAGUUCUCAUCGCUAUACUGAAGCUGGGACCGUUGUUCCAAGAGCUGCCCAAGGCGGUGCUGUCAGCUAUUGUUCUUGUCAACCUGAAGGGCAUGUUCAAGCAGUACUAUGACAUCGUCGCCCUGUGGAGGAGCAGCAGGAUCGACCUGGUGGUGUGGCUGGCUACCUGGCUGUUCACCUUGCUCUUUCAAUUGGACAUGGGCCUUGCUGCCUCCAUCGCAUUUGCCCUGCUGACAGUCGUCUUCAGGACCCAGCAUCCACAGUACUCUGUCCUGGGUCAGGUUCCAGGCACUGAGAUCUACAUGGACAUGGAGAAGUACAAAGAGGUGCACGGAGUUCCUGGUGUCACCAUCUUCCGUUCCUCUGCAACAGUCUACUUCGCCAACGCUGAUCUCUACCUGGAGGCUCUAAUGGAAAAGAGUGGCAUCAAUAUCAGCAAAAUGAUUGCAUACAAGAAGAGACAGGAGGCAAAACAGAGACGCAGGGAGAAGAGGGCCAAGAGGCGAGCCAAGAGGGACAUCAAGAGACAGAAAGACGCCAUGAGAGCAGCCCAAAGCAGCGACGUGGUGUUCUCGGUGGAAGAGGAAACAGGCAAGCGGAAGGAGACAGACCGGCAGGAGGAUAUCUCCGGGGAGGAGUGGGACUGGGCCAUGCGAGAGAAUGGGACGGUGUUUGUCAUCCCCGAGGUUCAGAAUGGCCACAGCAGCUGGGAAUACCUGAAGGGUGGCGACCCGGACAUGGGCACGCUGGGCUCCGCCUCAGAACUGGAUGGGGACACCACCACCCUGACCUCCAGCUGUGAUGACACGCUGAGCAGGGACCAGGAGAGGUUGUCCCUGGGCUCGCUGGGCAAAUGGACCUGGGACAUACAUUCUAUCAUUCUGGAUCUCUCGCCCGCCAACUUCAUUGACACGGUGGCCAUCAAAACCAUGAAAACUAUCAUCCAGGACUUUGGAGAGAUUGAUGUUGAUGUCUACAUGGCUGGUUGUCAGGCCUCAGUGGUGGAGCAGCUGGAGCAGGGGGACUUCUUCUCAGACUGCAUCAGCAAGGGCUGCCUCUUUGCCACCGUUCAUGAUGCUGUGCUUUACUGCACUGGCAAACAUGAAGCACUGACCAUGCCCCCUUAUGACUGUGUUCUGGACAUGGACUACAGCACCAAAAUGUGACAUGAAGAAAGCUUUUCCUACAGCCAGAUGCGACAGGAGGAAGCUUAUUUUCCAGAAUGUAGCUGUGCCUUUCUAAAGCCAACUGGCCUCAGUCCCCUUUCCCUC